AUGUCAGGACCGGCCAAGCACUCAUGGAUUGCUGUCGGCACAGGCAGCGAGAUGCAGAACUCGAUGAUGUUCGUUCUCUACAGUGACAACACAAAACACGGUGCGACCCUGAGUACACGAUACAGCACUGGAGAACAAGAACCAAAGUACGUGAGCGAUACGAAACCAGAAUUACACGCCACCAACGAAAACGGAAUAUUCUCUGUAGAUGCACACUACAAGAAGAGUUCAUCCUGGAUGCACAAUCAUAUAGACAUGAGCUCGAGCAAGCAGCCCUUCAUCUUUACUCUGGGCCCAAAGCUCCACGGCAAGACAGGUGGUUCGUCGACGGCAACGAUACAAAGACAUGUCGUCUAUGGACGCUUCACCAUGGACAUGACAAAAGCAGUAUCGUCUUCUACACCUCAACUCAAUGGAGACAAUGGCGCCUGGAUCAGCAGUGGCGCUUCUUCAGCUUACGGCGUGUCAAGCGAUUUCGAUGUUGGAAGUGCGAUACACGCUGUUGUCAUGUGUCUUGCAUUCGUUAUUGUGUUCCCUCUAGGUACACUACUAUUGCGCUUUAUCAGUGUCAGAGUGCACUGGAUCAUUCAGUCUAUAGCAACCAUCUUUGUCAUCGUGGGUCUAGGAACCGGCAUUUACAUCUCGUCGGAAUAA